AUGACACGUAGGAUUUUAAGGGUCGUAUGGCGUACGGCAAACCUAUGGAAGGAAAUCAAAGGAGCUAAAGGAAACCGGUCCCGUAAUACACCGGUGAACGACCUCGGUUCCAAAUCGGAUUUAUUAGGGAUUUCAAAUUCAAGAAAAACAUGGGAGAACCCGCAGAUUAUGAGGUCGGUAGAGAACCCAAAAGACGGCGAGGUAAUUUGCCGCCUCCUAGAAGAAAGAAAGGAAUCAUCUAGACGGAUGAUGGGUUUUGACAUUGAGAAUGAUGCUCCUUUCGUCGAACGGUGGAUGCACCUUGUUGAUCAUCUCCAAGAUCCCGAUGCUAGAAUCAUUAAAAGGUGUGCUCGUAUUGCUUGUUCAUCGUUACAAUGUGAAGAAGACGGCAAGAAAAUUUUCAAGCUUGAGAAGGUUAUCAAGGCAACUCUUGCUAUAGAUUGUCUUCGUCUUUACUUCAUAACCUUGGAGGCCAAAGAUGAAUCUAACAAUGAGACAAAAACUUAUCGAGCCAAGGCCAAAAAGCCACAACUGGAAGUUAAUAAAGUUGAGAUAAGUCUUUUGUAUCGAUCAUGCUAUUUGGUUGUGGAACCAUCCAUUUAUGACCUUGUGAAGUCAAGGAUCUUUUGGCCAUUCUAUUUUUAUGAUGCUUCGAUUUUCAGUUAUCUAAUCCUUCUAGCUAUCGAUGAUCUUCUCUUUAAGUUUCUAAAAUUUGAUUGUCAUGAAUGGGACGAUUUGAGUAGCUGUGGUUUAGUUUCUUUCUCAUCUUUGUUGUUGGAUUAUCUCGUUAUUUAG